UUUGCCUCCUUUGUAUCUUUUCUCCAAAAUCCUUCCCACAGAGAAUCUCCCUCUAAAACAACACCGGCAGCAAGAACAGGAACCCAUGUUUCUCGGUCUCAUGAAACAACAGGAGUAAAACAAACAACAAACAACUUCCCAUUUCGGUUAUCCUCAACCGCAGCGUCAAAAAUGGGCGUGUUCUGCUCGAAGCCCUUCAAGCUUGUCUCCGUCGUCCUCAUCGCUGUAACUCUCUUUGUUACCCCUUGUUGUAUUGCUGCAGACGACGUCGUUUAUGGGGCGAGAAACUCUUCUUCCUCCCCACCGCCGCCACCUCCUCCUCCUCCUCCUCCUCCUCCGCCUUUGUCCAAUGGGAAACCGACAAGUUUCUCGCCGUUUAGGCCUAGCAUAGCGAUCAUAGUGGCAGUCUUGACCACCAUGUUCUCCGUCACCUUCCUGCUCCUCCUCUACGCCAAGCACUGCAAGCGUGGAAGCGUCGUCGUCAUCGGCCACGCACCUCCGUCGUCCGCCGUCAGGAAGAAUUCGGGUAUCGACCGGACCACCAUCGAGUCCUUACCCGUCUUCCGAUUCGGAUCUCUCCGGGGCCAAAAGGAUGGGCUCGAGUGCGCCGUUUGUCUCGCUAGGUUCGAGUCCUCCGAGGUCCUCCGCCUGCUCCCAAAAUGCAAGCACGCCUUCCAUGUCGAAUGCGUCGAUACCUGGCUAGACGCCCACUCCACUUGCCCGCUCUGCCGCUACCGGGUCGACCCUGAAGAUGUGCUUCUUAUCGACGAAGCCAAAAUCCUACCCGAAACCCACCCUGUUCCACCACCGGAGAACGAGUUCGUCGUUAUCAACGUCGAGGGGUCGAACCCGGGAAUUCGGCGGGUUUCGGGUCGGCACUCUUCCGCCGGGGAGAGAGGGACCGGGUUCUUGCAAUUCGUCCUGCAGAGAGCAGCAGAGCCCGGUCCUCAUGAUCUGGCGUCGUUCAGGAGAUCCCUCGACAGCGCGGGCUUAAGAAAGAAGAGCGAGUCUGUAGCCGUCGGAUGCUUUGACCGUCCCCGAAAGGACGGACUCCUGUUGACGGACGACAGGACAAGCUUGGAGCGUACAAGGUUCGAGCACCGGAUCAUUGUCUCCCCAGGUGCGGGUGGGUUCCACCAAAGGUGGAGCGACGUGCAACCCUCCGAUCUGCUGUAUCUACAAUCAGAAAUGAUAAUGAGCGACAGCCGUAGAUUCUCGUCGUCAGAAUCAGGAUCUCGUCCUCGGCAGCAGCACCGUAAUAUGACUGGCGGGAAUGGGUGGUGGGGUGGCAGAGGCGUAAUAAAUGCAAGAAGCGUGUCGGAAAUCACGGGCCUAAGCAGGUUCCCAAACACCAACGCUCCAGCGUGUAGUAAUCAGAUUCACAGCCAUGAUGAUGAUGUUGAUUCCCGACGGGCCGGGGUUGUAUCGAGGUGGUUGGCGUGGAUUUCGCAGUCACGGCCAUCGCCAGCUGUACGGUCGGGACGUACCACUGGAAUUGCAGCUUAGCUUUAGCUUUAGUUAUACACGUACACUGUACACAACAGGAAAAGAAAUAACUGCUAUGUUUGUUUCUUCUUUUCAAGAGGAGGGGGGUUGCUGCUAGAUGCACGGCUGGAGGGACACAUAUCGCAGACGACCAAAGAAGAAAUUUUUUUUUUCGAGAGUACAGCAGUAGACCACGUGGGUCGAAGAAGCACAGCACAGCACAGUGGACAUUUGUCGCAUUCAAUUAUUUCUCCUCCCCGGAGUAAUUUUAAAAUCUUCUCUGAUACAUGCGAUGGGCGGGCAUCUGGAUUGGUGCUUGUUCCGACUGGAGUAAUAGAAGAAGAAUAGAGAGAUCUUUUUUAUUUAUUUUUUAAUUAUGAUUAACCUUUCUGAUCAAUUUUUAAUCCUGGAUUAAUUACUCAGUAGAUUCCAGAUCUUCUGAUUCAUGCUUGGACAAGUAGGCGGUGCU